UCCUGGUAGCUCUGAUUGCGCCGAAGGGUUGCAACGUGACAAAGAAGAGGGCGACGUCAACGCGCUCAGGGGCAGACCGCUGCGCGAACUGGUUUUCCUGUUGCUGACGACACAGUGUCGGCCGCCCGGCCACCGCUAUCAGAAGGAGCAACUCGAGACGGCCGCCAAAAGGGUCGGCGGUGGGGAAGGCUUGCUGAUCGCACGAGGAAAACGCCACACGCGACGCGCCGAGCGCCGAGCACUCUACAGCAAAGGUUGAAGGAAAAGAAGCAAUGGCUGGUAUUGGUCAUCUCCUCCUUUUCGCUGCCCUCUUCUAUGUUUGCUGGGCGGGCGGUGCAAGAGACUCCAAUGCUUUCAUGGACCAGAUCCUUCUCCAGAAAAUGCCGACUCUUGUACGAUCGAACUCAAGACUCUAUCCCAACGUAACGAUUCCGGAAUUUAAAUUCAAAGUAGAAGCUACCCGGGGAAUCAACCGUGACCUGAAGGUGAAGAUGAAGGAAGGAGCUAUAAGAGGUUUUGACACCGGCGUUCACCGCACUACUGACUGCAACCCGCCUGCACCUGUGGCGUUCAACGUCAGCAUUUCCUGCGUGCUCGACUUCAAUGGCAUCUACACCACCUUCCUUGCCAAGACUGAGGGCGACAACCUCCUGGGUACCGAGAAACGCGUUCCAGUCAACGUGACCGUUGUGGAUACCACGGGUCGUUUCGAGGCCACGUCGUCUACUGGAAGGGCUGGCAUUGUGCGAACUUUCCACAUCGACAGAAUCAGGCUGCGCACUACCUACGGAGACAACCUCCAUCUCAACGACGCACGCAAGACAGAAUUCAUUCGUCAGAUUGAAGAGAAAGUGAUGGCUGUGCUGUACGAUGCUCUUUACAACGAUUACAUGCAUCUCCUUAACCACGCCAUCGAUGGAUUGCGAUUUCCUAAUCCCUGAGUCUACGAUGUAUGCGGUGUCUACAGAACACGUGGACGGCAGCGCGGUUUAUUGUAUGUACGGCCAGGUUCACAGCCACGUGCCAAGGUCUAGGAAUGGCACUAAGCAUCAUUGUGCCAAAAGCACGGCAAGGAUGAAUGCAUAAAUAUGUAUGCGGGGGGUCAGGAGAUCUGUAUUCUUAUUUAAAUUAACACUAAAUACAUAAAAAAAAUCAUUCGUUACGCCAUGAAACCAUCUUACUGUUAUGCCUUUAAUAAAUCGUGAUAAGUCAAUCAAUAAAGCUUUUGACAUAUGUC